AUGGCCAACUCCGUCCGCGCCGCGCUGCUGCGCUUCAUCAAGUGGCUCGACUCGCCCGCGGGCCACGGCGUCCUCAAGUGCACCUUGGCCUACACCAUCGCCAGCCUGGCCACCUUCCUCUCGCCGCUGUCGAGCUUCCUGGGCACGCCCGACGGCAAGCAUGUCGUCGCAACAAUCACCGUCUACUUCCACCCGGCGCGGUCCACCGGGUCCAUGAUCGAGGCCGUCCUCAUCGCCGUCGUGGCCGUCGCGUACGCCGAGCUCGUUUCGAUCCUCUCCAUGGUCACCUCCGUCUUUGUCGGCUCCGUCAUGGGCCUCGUCACCUUGGCGCAUGUGUUGGUCGUCAUCAUCUUCAUCGGCGGCGCCUUUGGCUUCAUGGGAUGGGUCAAGCAGAAGAUGGCGAACCCGCUGGUCAAUGUCGGCAGCACCCUGGCAUCCCUUGCCAUCAUCUCCGUCGUUACGAAAGAAAACGCCGUCGUCUCCAACGUCUUUUCGAAUCAGAAAAUCGUCCAAGUCUUCAAGAUGCUCGUCAUGGGCAUCACAUCCACCGCCGCUGUCAACGUUUUGGUUUGGAGGGUGUCUGCCCGCGAUCUGUUACGGACCUCCUUGGCCAAGGCAACCGUCUCGCUGGGGGGCAUGCUCUCAUCCAUCACCGCGAGCUUUCUCAAGGGAGUGGAAGAAGGAGACAUGUCUGCCCAGUUUUCUGCAGCCUCGGCCACCUACAACACGACGAACCCGCAAAUGCUCAAAAACCUGCGAGAGGCAAAGUUUGAGGACUACCUCCUCGGCCGCGAGAAGAUAUACGUAUUGCAGAGAUCCACAGUCAAGGCCAUCGAGACUCUUGCUCGCUCCAUCGGCGGCCUACGCAGCGCGGCUAAUACCCAGCUGUCCCUCCUCAGGCAGGCCGAAUCAGACGAUGGGCCGCCACCCUUGACCCGAUUUCUAACAGUUUCGUCCCUUGGCGACUUUGAAGGCAUAUCUCCUAGCAGUUCCAGUCCAAAAACUAUCCAAGGGACGAGCAGACCCAAUUCACCAGGGCGGCGACCAAGCACUGCGACGCAACAGGAUGGCCCUGCGCCGGCAGCCGUCUUUCAUCUAUUUGUCGACUUAAUGGGGCCUUCGAUGAAGACGCUGACCGAAAGCCUUGUUCAGAUUCUCCAAGAGCCGCCUCUAGGAACCUCGUCCGAUUUUGAAGUGACCAUCAGCGAAGAACUUCGGCAUAACCUCACCGAGGCGCUCGGGGAAUUCAAUGCGGCAAGGUCCAACGCCUUGCAACAGGUGUACACCAUGGUUGAACAAGAAAAGUCUACUUCGCGACGGAUACAGGCUGGCUUGGAGGAGAUUGCCGCCGCCUGUGGACAUUUCAGCUUCAGUUUGCAGACAUUUGGCGAGGAAAUGCAAAAAUACCUCGAUGUGCUCGAUGACCUCAAGUAUGUCAACGAACAUAGCAAGAAAAGCUGGCGCUGGAUUUUCUGGUGGAGGAAAGAGGACGUUACUGCGCCAGGACGUAAAAUGUCGAGCCUACCGUUUGAAACUUCACCGGAAGCCGAAAGCCUGAUCAAGCCCAUCCGGAAGCGCGAUAUGCCCAGGGGCAUUCCAGACUCCAUGAUCCGCCGCAGAGACACUUAUAACUGGCAAGCAGCGCCCAAUGCCAGCAAGAUACUGUCCAUGUUUUCUCAGUCUGUCAUGAAAUUCGCUAGAAAAAUUGCCCGAGACGACAUAUUGUUUGGUCUCAAGGUGGGCAUUGGCGCUUCUCUUUGGGGAAUGCUCGCCUUCAUAGAAGAGACUCGAGACUAUUAUAACCACUAUCGUGGCGAAUGGGGACUCUUAUCCUUCAUGAUUGUUUGCUCCAUGACGGUCGGCGCUUCCAACACAACCGGCUGGGCUCGGUUCCUGGGAACAUUUUUCGGUGCCUUCUUCUCCUUGUUCAACUGGACCGUCAGCCAGGGUAAUGCGGCGGCGCUCAUCGUACUCGGAUGGGCGGUCAGCUUCUGGAACUUUUAUCUCAUCGUCGCCCGAGGCAAAGCUCCGCUGGGUCGCAUGACCAUACUGGCAUACAACGUGUCAACGCUUUACGCCUAUAGCUUGAGCCAGCGGGUCGACGACGACGACGACGAUGAGGGUGGAAUACACCCGAUUAUGAUGAAGAUUGUAAAGCAUCGUGUCAUUUCCGUCAUAACGGGCAUCCUCUGGGGAUUGAUUGUCUGUCGAGUCAUCUGGCCCAUCUCAGCUCGCCGGAAGUUUAAGGAAGGGGUUUCUAUGCUCUAUCUUCAAAUGGGUCUCAUUUGGCGGCGAGGACCGCUGGCUAUUUUGCUCCGCACCGACUGUUCUGAGAGUUACCUCAAGUCUGGGGAGCAGGUGGCCAUGCAACGGUACGCUAGCCGCCUGGAAAGUCUGCGCCAAUCGGCCUCGUCGGAAUUUGAGCUUCGCGGCCCUUUUCCAUUUGAGACAUAUGGCCGCAUCAUGCGCAGCACCAACCGGAUCCUGGACAGUUUCUACGCCAUGAGCCUGGUAACACAUCGGGAAGGGAAUCUUAGUCCAGGCGAGCGAGCCCUUUUGGAGUACACAGCAGCGGAGAGAGCCGUCUUGUGCGACCGUAUAUGCCACGUCUUUCAAGUGCUCGCCAGCUCCAUGAUGCUGGAAUACCCUUUGACCGACGCGGUUCCCAGCGUCAUUGGCAUCCGCGAUCGGCUGCUGGCCAAGAUUUUCCAAUUCCGCAAGGAGCACUCACCCGAAGCUGUUCGAAACCUGGGCUUUAUCGAAGAGAAUGAAGCCGAGAAUGGCGAGAGUAGCCGUGACACUACAGCUGCUGCUAGCAGCAGUGACACACAAGUCAGCUUAACGAUAGCUGAGGAGAGGGACUAUGCUCUCAUUUAUGCAUAUACGCUGGUUACGGGCCAGGUGGCACAGGAGCUCAAGAUUGCCGAGAAGGAGAUUGAGAGUUUGUUUGGUAUACUCAACGAAGAGUCACCACUGCUUGUAUAAUAGAUGGGGGUGGCCAGGGAGGCAAAGUGGCACAAAGAUUGGAUAUGAUACCCUGUUUGAACAAUUGCUAUUCAAGAAGCACUGAGCAUAUGAUUUUGAGUAUAAAUUGCUAGCAUAC